GGACAAUGCGAUAAUGUCAUCGAAUGUCGCUCCUCUCUAAAAUUUUCUGCAGUUGAGGCGGCUUCGUUUGUCACAAAAGAAUUUUCUACAAAUAAAUCGCACGCCAAGCCGAAAAUAUUUAAUAAAAACUUUUCAAAAAUCAGGUAAAGACUGCAAUUAAACAUCAACGACAUUGCGAAAGACAAUUGCCAAGAGAUCCAAAAGGGAAAGCGGGCAGACAGAAGAAAAAGAAAUUGACGAAAGCAAUUUUGGUUGGACGGCACACGGAAGAUACGCACAUACAAACACACUGAUACUCACACACACACACACAUACACGCAGGCACACGGAUACACGAAGCCGGAGCCACCAGUCUGCUGAUUGAAUUUGUUUUGCGGCCUGGACUGGACGCGAGUAAAAGAGAUAGAAGGAGGACGAUUGACGCCCGCAGCUGCGGCCAUACUCCCUUUAGAAUAUCAAAGCGAGCGCAAGACGUAAGAGUCGGAGUCUGAUUCUGAGGAGCGCGUCCGGAUCGUGUUUAUAUAACAGAUGGGCGUCAGCAUGGAGUCGGAUGAUGGCAGCUCGAGUUCAUCAUCUGAAUCGCCAUCGAAUUCUCGACCAGCGACUCCCACUGAGGAGACAAUCGGCGGUGGCGGUGGUGGUGAUGGGUUAGUGUUAAAUCAAGUCGCCAGUCCAGCGGGAUCGGGAUCAAGCAGCAGCUCCUCAUCAAACUCCAGCUCAAGUUCAAGCCGCAGCGAUCGCUCCAAGGCAAAGAAGAAAAGCUCGAGCAGCAGCAGCGGCAGCGAUAGCAGUGGCUCCAGCAGCAGCAGCUCUAGCGACGAUGACGACGAUAACGAUAACGACAACGAUAACGACGAUGAGCCAAGGAAUGAAGCAACUGCUCCGAUAGCUGCAGCUGCAGUCAGUUCUGAUGCCAAUGGCGAUGGCGAUGGCGAUGCCAAAAUGUCCUCUGCCUCUUCCCCCAACAACAGCAACAAGAACAAGAGCAACAACAAGUCAGAGCCGAGCUCCAUGCGCAGUCGUAGCAAUAGUCCAGAGCAGUUGUAUAAUCAGGCAGCCGUCGAUCUUAACAUUAGUCACGAGGAUCUCAGCGAUGUGAGUGAUAUCGAUAUGGAGAAGCAGGCACCGCCGUCCAAGAAUGCCAGUAUUGCCGACGACGAUGAUGAAGAAGGUGCCUUAUCAUGUGACUCACUGCCUGGUGUCUCGGAAUCUCCAACAAUCAAUGGCAAAUCGGAGGAAUCUCCAAGCGAAUCGGGUUCCGAAAAUAAUGUGAUUAUUAAAGGGACAAAGGAUGUCGAGAAGGCAAAUGGCUUGGAGGACCUCGUGAAGACGCACGAUGACGAUGCACUUGAUUUUGAGGCAGAGGAGGGCGAGUGUCCAGAUUUGAGUAAGGAGAUGGAUGCCGAAAACGAUGUGGGUGGCAGCAACAAUACCGAUGGCAAAGAAUUAACCAACAAAAAAGGAGCUGGAGCUGGAGCCGGAGCAGGAGCAGGAGCAGGAUCGGAUGAUGAGGGCAAGCGAAGCGCAGACGAAGGCGAUGGUGAAGUUGGCGAUGAUAGUGAAGAAUCGGGUACAUCUGGCUCCGAGAAUGCCAAACAGAAGAAGAAAAAGGAUGAGGAACUGGAGGAGGGCGAAGUAUCCGAUGAGGAUGAAAAGCGUCCCGAGGAAACCGAACCGAAGCCCGUCUGUCGUUUCUAUACGCGUGGCCAAUGCACCUGGGGCAUGAGCUGCCGUUUCCUGCAUCCCGGUGUCACUGACAAGGGCAACUACACCAUGUUCGAAAGCCUGGUGCGCUCCGUGCCAAUGCAAAGUGGCGGCAGCGGUGGUGCCGGAUCCUCUCGAGCGCCCACCAACAGUGCCUACAAUAGCCAUAUGGGAGGUGGCGGUGGUGGUGCGCCCGCUGCCGACUAUCAUGAUUAUCGCAAUGAGCGGCCAGCGUUGCAUCAUCGCACUGCUGCGGGCAUGCAUCAUGCUGGCAUAUAUGGUGCGACAUCUGGUGCUGCAGCUGCACAUCAUGAUGCACGCAGUGGACUCUUGAUGCCCGAUGUGCCCGUGGUGGUGGAGAAUGCAUGGGAGCGUGGCCUGCGCACCGCCAAGGAAAUGAUGCGCAAGGCAAACAAACGCAAGGAGCAGGACAUGGACUUUGAGGAUAAGAAAAUGAAUCUAACACUGUCGCCUGAUGAGCUGGAAAAGGAUCCAUAUUAUCUCAAGGAACGCGGUAGUUCACCAAGCGUUGUUCGGGAAUUGCCACCCAAUAAUCCCAUUGCCCAUGGUAAUCCGCGUGCUAUGCUUAAUCCAGUAUAUUCUAUGUACGGUCAGCCGCCAGAUCGUUAUCGUGCUCCAUAUUUGCCACCGAUACCGUACGAGGAUGUCGAUGUCUAUGGUCGAAUGGCACGGUAUCGGGAAUUGCCGCCACAUCGAAUGCCACAGUAUGAGGAUGAUCGACGUCUGCGACCGGCACGCGAGGUGAUUGUACAGCGUGUGGAGGCCGUGGGACGUGGUGAUGAGUGGAGUGACCCUUGGAUGAGAUCAAAGUCAAUUGGACGCGGUGCCUCAUACGAGCGGGAGGAGAGACGUCGUCGUGAUCGUCGCAGUUACAGCAGCAAUUCCUCCUACUCCAGUUCGAACAGCUCACAGAGCGACUCCAGCUCCGAUUCGUCGCGUUCAAGCAGCGCCUCGGAGCACAAGCGUCGCUAUGCGCACAAGCUAAUGUCCGCCUCGACAUCGCGUCGCCAUACAGCCGGACGUGCGGCACGUUCGCCCAGUCAAAUACCACGGCGACCCAGAAGAUCGCCAAAGGGCAGCGCUUCGCCUUCGUAUAAGCGUUCGGCACUGGAGAAGCGCGUUGGCGGCGUUCAUAGUCCCGUGUCGAAGCGCAAGAAGCUGUCAUCGCCGGUUCCUAAAAAGCUGGACAAAUUGGGUCGUCGUCGUCGCAGCUCCAGUUCAUCAGAUUCGGAUACUUCGUACUCAGAUUCAGAUUCGGGCUCAUCAUCAUCAGACAGCUCGUCGGGAUCACGCGAGACGCCGCAGAAACGUGUGCGUGCCACAGACAAGGCUCUCAACGAGCGCAAAUUAAUCAAAAAACCUACUGAACAAUCAACGAAGAAGCGUUCACCCAUUUCCAUUGAGAUUAAGAAACCAUCGACGAUGGUCGGCGUCUCGGCGCUCGCAUCGCCAGCUCAUUCGCCAGAGUCCGAAAAGGAUAAGGACAAUAAUGGCAAAGAUAAAGAUAAGGACAAGGACAAAGAUAAGGAUAAGGAGAAGGAUAUCAAGAAAACAAGACGAGAGGAGUUGCUCAAACAAUUGCGCGCUGUCGAGGAUGCUAUUGCCAAGAAACGCUCCAAACUGACCUGAUAACAUACACAGAUCCACAUACAAAUUACCAAUACAGGCACAAUCACAAAUACAGAUACAGCUACGUAUACAAUCACAGAUACGAAUAGCACUACAUAUUUUAAACACUAUCAAAAUCACAGAUACAUAUGGAGGCCAAAACAUUUGUACUACUUCAAGAUUGUAUCUAACUCUUCCUCUUCUCCUUUAAGUCAUGCUUACAUGUAUGUUUCGCGUAUGUUUACAAAUCUUGACCUGCUUUUGACAUUAUCAUUAGCAUUAACAGCAGCAUCCGCAUCAUCAUUCAGUUUGCAUUCACGUACAUAGAAAAUAAGAAAAGACAAGAAAACUCAAUUGGGUUUAUCUCAUUCUUUUCUUAUUUUUAUUUAAAUGUUUACCUUACAUUCAAAUCGCGCAUCAUCGAUAAUCGUGUCGAUUGUCUGUUACAAACAAAACAAAAGAAAAUUCACUUCAAUGCAUUUAGUUUUUAAUUAAUUCAUCAUGAACAUCUUUCUUUUUUUUUAACAUUGCUCGGGCUUUACGGAGACCCAAAUGAUCGUACACUGAUUAUGAUAACUCUACAAUUGUAUAAAUAAAUAAAAAAAAAAGAAGAUGAAGAAUGUU